AUGGACUGCCUUGUGGGUUUUGCAUCUUCUGUUUCAAGAGAUUUAGUGUGUGGUGCAUUAAAUCAAUUGCGUUAUCUUCGCUCCUUUAACAAUUUUGUCAAAAAGCUUGAGCAAGGAGAGGACGAUUUGAUUGUAACAAGAGAUGAUGUCCAAAAAUCCGUUGAAGAUGCAAAGAGGAAAACUAAAGAGAUUAGUGGAGUUGUUGACAAGUGGCUGCAAAAUGCUAUGAGUGACAUAGGUAAAGUGAAUCAGUUGCUGGAAGAGGCAAGAACAAACAAAAUGUGUUGCUUUGGGUAUUGUCCAAAUUGGAUUUGGCGAUACCGUACAGGAAAAAAGCUAGCAAAUAAAGUUUUUGACCUUGAAAAGUUCAUUGAUGAGGGUAAAAACUAUGUCUCAUUUGACCGCAUCGCUACGCUACCUUCAGACACCCUUGACAUUCUUUCAGAAAAAUGCAUGAAUUUUGAGAGUAGACAAUCUGCAUACGAGCAACUACUGGAUGCAGUGAAAAAUAAUGAUGUUUCCAUGAUUGGGUUGUAUGGAAUGGGAGGUUGUGGUAAAACCACAUUAGCAAUGGAAAUUAGGAAGUUCGUAGAAGCAGAGCAUCUUUUUGAAAAAGUUCUUUUUGUGCCUGUUUCUAGUACAGUGGAAGUUGGGAGGAUUCAAGAGGAAAUAGCAAGUUCACUGCAAGUUAAAUUUCCAGAAACCGAAGAAAUGCAGAGAGCCCAAAGAUUGUGCUCAACAUUAACUAGAGAGAAAAAUGUUUUUAUAAUUCUAGAUGAUGUGUGGGAGAAGCUUGACUUUGGCCGUAUUGGAAUUCCUUCUUCUGAACACCUUAAAGGCUGCAAGAUUCUCAUUACCACUAGAUCAGAAGCAGUUUGUACUUUAAUGGAUUGUCAAAGAAAGAUUUACUUGCCAAUUUUAACCGAUGAAGAAGCAUGGACUCUUUUCCAAAAUAAAGCACUUAUAUCAGAUGCCACCUCUGAUACCUUAAAGGAAAUAGGAAGAUUAAUUUCGAAUGAAUGUAAAGGAUUGCCGGUAGCCAUUGCAGCUGUUGCUUGUAGUUUGAAGGGAAAAGCUGAGACGGAAUGGAGGGUUGCAUUGAAUAAAUUGAGACAUUCUAAGCCAAUAAAUAUUGAAAGAGGUUUGACUGAUCCCUACAAGUGCCAGUUGAGCUAUGAUAAUUUAGAUACUAAAGAAGCUAAAUCACUUUUCCUGUUGUGCUCUGUGUUUCCUAAAGAUUUUGAAAUUCAAAUUGAAACUUUAACAAGAUGUGCAAUAGGAUUAGGUGUAGUUGGAGAAGUUGACUCAUAUGAAGAGGCAAGGAGUGAAGUGAUUGCAGCUAAAAUUAAGCUUGUUAGUUGUUGUUUAUUGUUGGAUGCAGAUCAUGAACGUGUCAAAAUGCAUUAUAUAGUUCGCAAUGUAGCCCACAUAAUAGCAAAACAUGAGAAUAAGAUGAUCAAGUGUGAAGUGGAAAAGGAUGUUAUAGUGGAACAAAAUUCAGUAAGAUAUCUAUUUUGUGUGAAAUUUCCAAAUGAUUUGGAUUGCUCCAAUCUUGAGUUUUUAUACUUACAGACAAAGAUGAAAGAAUUUGAUGGGAUUUUUAAAACAAUGGGAAUGCUCAAAGUUUUGAUUCUUGAAAACCAUGAGGAUGGAAAAACACGAUUGUCAACAAUAUCUUUCAAAACAUUAACAAAUCUUCGUUGUCUAUUCAUUGAGAAUUAUGAAUUGAGCGACUUCUUAUUUUUAGGCGGUAUGAAGAAUCUUCAAACUCUCUCGUUAUAUGAUUGUUCACUGCCUUCAUUUCCUGAAUUACAAACCGAUGUUGCGAUUCAACUAAAAUUGUUAGACUUAAAUGAAUGUAACAUUAAAGUGAAGCAUUUUGAAGUGAUUAAAAGAAUCCCGCUUUUGGAAGAGUUGUACAUUAUUGAUAUUGACGGAGAAUGGGAUGCUAACAGUGAAGACAAUAUUGAAUUCUUUAAGACGUUUAGCAUUCCCGAAACACUGCAAAGGUAUGGAAUUGUAUUAGGGUCUCGUUACAUUCAUCAUUGUAGAGAUAGAGAUAUUUACAUUCAUGGCAGAACUUUAUUACUUAACCAUUUUGACAUAUCAAAUGAGGUAAUAAAGGGUUUGGCAAAAAGAGCAAAGAAUCUAUCUGUGGCAACUAUUCAUGGAGGUGCAAAAAAUAUCAUCCCUGAUAUAUUUCAAAUUGAAGGAGGAGGUUUGGAUGAGUUGAAUAAGUUGGAGAUACAUGAUUCUAAAGAGUUAGAAUGUUUGAUUGACACUCGUAGUCACUCGAGUGAGGUGGUAACUCUCUUCUCCAAGUUGCAUACGCUUGGAAUUAAGAACAUGAGAAAUCUAAGAGUUAUAUGGCAUUGUUUUCUUCCUGCCAAUGGGCCUUUUGAGAACUUAGAGAAGCUGUAUUUAAGUUAUUGUCCACGACUAACAUCUCUCUUCACGUAUGUUGUUGCUCGAAGUUUGGUAAAAUUGAAAAUAUUAAAAAUAUCAAGAUGUGAUGAACUGAAGUAUAUAUUAGCAGAUGAUGACAAAACGGAGGAAGGUGAAGAUGAAUUCACCACAGGGCAUCCUGUACAAAUUUUCCAAAAUCUACAGGAUGUACAGAUAUAUAGCUGUCGAGAAUUAAAACAUAUAUUCCCAGCCAACAUUGUUGGAGGCUUAACUCAAUUGAAAGUUGUUGAGAUAGAAGAAUGUGAUAAGCUAGAUCAAAUAAUUGGAGAUAUUGUUCCAUCAACAGACCGUGAUAAACUAAUAGAGGAAGAAUUGAAUGAUAUAACAAAUAAAGAGGCUGCUGAUUUGAAAGACUUCUCUAGUCGAAAUAAUACUCAAAUUGAGCUUCCUGCUUUACAAGUACUUCAACUUCAGGAAGUAAAUGUAUAUUACUGUCGAGAAUUAAAACAUAUAUUCCCAGCCAACAUUGUUGGAUGUUUAGGUCAAUUGAAAGUGCUCAAGAUAGAAAGAUGCGACAUGCUAGAUCAAAUAAUUGGGGAUAUUGUUUCAUUAGCAGAGCAGGAUAAAAAAGAAGAACUUGAUGAAAUCGUUGAGGAAGAGCUACGGAUGGAAGAGGAGAAGGUCACGGCUGGCGCUGAUUUCAUUUUGGAAGGUGCUCACGCUGUGACUUCAUUAUGGAGCUCUCGGACACAGCAGCAGAGAAAGGAGACCGAGAAUAGAAGAGCAGCUGGUCCAGCAGGGGCGUUCCAGCAGAAGCUUGAGGAGCUCACGGACAGCCCAACUUCAGCUUGGUCCAGCUACCAGCAAAGAAAGGGGUAG